UCCCAUGAUGGGUGGAGUCCAGGCCCCAUAUAUAUAGAACAGUCUCCCGGAUCUCUAUAACUUCCACCUUCAUCCUCACCUACCAAGAUGUUGUUUGCUGUGAGCCUCCUCCUGCUGUGUGUCGGAAUCUCUGCUUCUGGAGAUUUUCAGUGCACAAUGAUCCCAGGAAAACUGAAACAGAUUGAUGCCGGCGCUGGUGAAGUGUACGGUGUGAACGAUAAUGACGACAUUUAUCGCUGGGUAAAUAAUGAAUGGGAACAAAUUUCUGGAAAGCUCAUCCAUGUUUCUGUUGGACCUGCUGGAGUUUGGGGUGUAAACAGAGCCAACGUCAUCUAUAAGCUCCAGGACAAUGAGUGGAUGUCUGUAUCAGGGCUCUUGAAGCAGGUAGAUGCUGGUGGUGAUAAGUUCUUGGGCGGAGUGAACGCACAAGACAACAUUUAUUGCUUGAGAAAGAGUUGCACAAUUUCAAGAUCUUCUGCUGUACACUUCACCCUACUGGAUGGGGCACUGCAAUAUUACAGCUGUGGGCCAGUGGGGUGCUGGGGAGUCAACAGCGGCAACCAGAUUUACUUCCGCCACAAUGUCAAACCAACAUCCUGCCUAGGAACCCAAUGGGAGCAUGUUCCAGGUGGUCUGGUGAUGAUAGAGGUCGGCACAGAUGGUUCUGUGUAUGGAGUCAACUCAGCAGGCAACGUGUACCGAAGGGAUGGAAUCAGCGCCCAAACUCCAACCGGUACAUCCUGGACCGAGCUGGACUUCUGCGCCACUUUCAAACACGUCACUUACGACAACGGCUAUCUUUGGCUCCUCAACCCAACUGGUGACAUCUAUCGAUGUGUAGAAACAAAUGAUUGAUUUGGCCAUAACACAAGACCAAGCUGAGCGAUCUAUAGCGUGAUCUGAGUCUAGAAGAUUACAUGGAAUGUUCUCUCCGUCUAUUCAUCCCUGUUAAUUAGUGUUUGGGUAUUCUUGUAUCUCUGCAAUGAUUUACACCGGCCACUCAUUCUAGAUAAGACUCUCAGGCCAUCACAUAAUUGUAUCUGAUUUUU